GACGGCGUCACCGCGGCUCCGCUCCCGCUCCCGGUGCCGGUGCCCGUGCGGCCCCGCCGCGCCGCUCUCGGCCGGUCACCGCCCCCCGGUGUCCCUCCGGCUGGCCCGGGCCGUACCGGGAGGGGGAACGGGCGCGGAGCUGCCCCGGCCGCUCGGGGUGCCCGGUGGAGCGGGAUGCGCGGGGCUGGCGGGGCCGCGCUGCUGCUGCUGCUGCCGCUGCUGCUGCUGCCCCGGGCCGCCCGCGGGGCCGCGGUGUGCGGGCUGUGCCCGGGGCCGCCGCGGAACGGCUCCCUCGUGUCCCGGUUCUGUGAGUCCCGGCGCGACACCGAGAGCGACGGGCGCUGCUGCCGGGAGCGGGGCGCGUCCCCGGGGCGGCUCCUGGGGCUGGACCUGAGCAACUGCUCCCUGCACAGCGUUCCCCCGGGACUGGCCGAGGCCACCGCUGCCAUCGUCCUGGACCUGACUGAGAACCCGCUGACAGCUCUGCCCGGUGGCUCCUUCCUGGGCUUCGUCCAGCUGCAGAGCCUCGCGGUGCCGGCGGCGCUGCAGUGUCCGGGAGGGAGCGACGCCUGGCAGGACGUGACGGUGGACAGGAGCGCCCGGCUGUGCCAGGGACAGAGGGACCCCUGCAACAGCUCCGUGCCGCUCGCCUGGCCGUGUCCUGAGAACUCUGCGUGUGCCCCCGACGGCCCCGGCCUCGUCCAGUGCCUCUGUGACAGCCCCUUCCACGGCUACAAGUGCCUGCGUGAGGGCGCCUUCCCCACGCUUCUCUUCGGAGGAAUCCUGGGCGCUGCCACCGUGUCGCUGUCCCUGCUGCUGUGGGGCACCCAGCGGAGGAAGGCCAAGGCGCCCUGAGCAGGGCAGGGACCCUGCCUGGCUGGAGGCUCUGUGGCCAGGGGGCUCUGGGGGUCAAUAAAGCUGCAGCUCCUC